AUGGCGGCGCCGCUCCUCUUCUACGAUCUCAGCCUCCUCCCGUCCUCUUCCUCCUCCUCCUCCGGUGACGGCGGCGAUGGCAACCCCAACUCCUCUUCCUCCUCCCGCCUCCAGCUCUUAGCCGCCACGGCGCGCGCUCUCGAGCUCGGCUACGCCGCCGUCGCUCUCGACCACCCCCACCGCGGCAUCCUUGCCGACUCCCACCGCUGCCGCACCGAGCCUUUCACGCCCCUCUCCUCUCUCCCUCUCCCAUCCUCCGCCGCUCUCCAUCGCCGUCGCCUCGCCCCCCCCGCCUCCGAGCCCUUCCGCCAGUACACCCGCAUCACCCUCUCCCUCGAUUCGGCUGCAGCCACCGCUUCCGCGCUCGCCCCCUCCGCCUCCCGCCUCCUCCGCACCUACGACCUCGUCGCAGCCCGCCCCCUCACCCAGGCCGCAUUCGAUCACCUCUGUCAGGCACCCUUCUCAGCCCAACACCUUGAUCUCAUCUCCAUCGAUUUCUCCUCCCACGGUAAGCUGCCCUUCCGCAUCAAGCCCCCAAUGCUCAAGCUUGCCCUGCAAAAGGGGCUGCAUUUCGAGAUCGCCUACUCCCCACUCAUUUCUACUGACGUCAAUGCCAAGAGGAACCUCAUAGCUGAAGUCCAGGUCAAUGUUAUUCUACUCCUACCCAAGGACCCAACAUUGUUUUCCCUUUGUGAUAACGCCUUGCUCUAUCGAGAAAACAGAAAACCACCUAUUUUCAGACACCAUAUGCUUUUGGUGGACUGGACUAAAGGAAAAAAUCUCAUCAUCUCAAGCGCUGCUCAUACUGCUUCCCAGAUCAGAGGCCCCUAUGAUGUCAUCAACCUAUCUGCUUAUUUACUUGGCAUUCCCAUUGACCGAGCAAAAGCUGCUAUGUCCACAAACUGCAGGUCACUUGUUUUGAAGGCUAUGAGGAAGAAACACUUUUACAAAGAAACAAUUAGAGUUGACAGACUAUUACCAAAUGAAGAGUUGACUUCAACAAAAUUCAAGCUUGCUGAUUGGAUUGAACAACCUAGUGAUCAAGAUCAAAUCCCAUCCGAAACUCAAGAAGAGACACUACAAGUUGACAGAACUGAAGUCCUGACAGAUUGUGGCCAAUCUAUCUUGCCAGCAUCUUUCAAUUAUCAGAAUGCUAUACUUGAGAAGGCCGAAAACAAUGAAGUUUUUGUGAAUCCUUUUGUGCAGCCUGGUACAGGUUGUUUUGCUGACCCAAAAAUUGUAGCCAAGCAUGUUGAAUUCGUGCAGGAUGCAAUGGAAGUAGAUACAGUAGAAUCAUGUAGGCCAAAACUCGUUGUCGGUGACAAUAUUCCUUCAACCUCUGAUACUAGUACGAAGCUAGCAUGUUCUGCUCUUCCCCAUGGCAUAGAGCUUUCUGGUACUAGUCUUGAGGAUCAGGGGCCAAGUCACUCUAGUGAAAUCCUAGCCAAUGAUAAGUCUUAUAUGAAAUAUCACACUGAUUGCACCUCUGGUGUGAGUGAGGUUCAUGAAAUUUCUUCUGGUGCUGAUGUUUGGCCUGAGGACAGGUAUUCAGAUAGGUCUAAUGGAAUUCAAGCUGAUAAUGAGGCUUGCAGAGGUACUUCAGAACCACUGGAGUGUCCCCCAUGUGGGGUAGAUGACAAGGCACCAUCCGAUCUUUCAUUUUACUCAAGUCAUGAAUUAUGCAGGGAUGUUAUAAUUCAGCCGAAAGUUACGGAGGGAAAAGUAGAGCAAAGUAGGGAUGAAAACAUAGUACAAACUGUGGAAAAUGAAGCAGAAUCUGUUGACACAAAAACAAGAACAUCUAUUUCAGUGGAACCUACGUCCCAUGGUCAGGAGAUCAGCUCAACUAUUCAUACAAGAAGCACUGGUGCAAGCUGUGAAAGUGAUGAGCUGAAAGAACAGAAUUCUAAGGACAUAAAUGCUUCUUUGGAUAAAAGUAUUGCUAAAACGCAUGAGCUACUUCUAAAAUUUCCUUAUCCAAGUGGUAAGGCUGGGAUGUCCACAGUCAGAUCAGAAAAGCGAACACAUAAACUAAGGCCGCACCAUCCAGCUUAUCUUCCUUUCUUGGGCUUCCUUCUGUCCGUUUGUUUGAAAAAGAAAAUAUGCAAAGUAGUUACAUUCUUACCAAGUAUUGUUGACUUUAUUGUAAAUGGAACAGAAACAUUUGGCUGCAUGUUUGCUCAAUCCUUUGAUCAGCCUGCCAUGGGUCUAUCUGACACUUAA